GUGCGGAUCCCCCUCCCGCCGGCCAGACCCGCCGGUGCUGCGGGAAGCCGCGGACUCUCAGCCCCAUCUCCCGGCCGGCGGGAGCAGCUGCGCGGGGCGGGCAGAACGGAGCGGGUGGAUGCCCGCCGCCCGGCAUGGAGCAGGCCUGCGAAGUGAGCCGCCGCAGCUGCCUCGUCCCCUUCGGCACCUCGCUGUCGGCCGCCGAGCCCAAGGGCGGCCCCUUCGGCGAGGCCCGCGGCCCCGAGCCGCCCGCCAUGCAGCUGGCGGCCGCCAAGCCCGGCUACGGCCAGGACCCGUCGUCCUGCUACAUCCCGCUGCGCCGGCUGCAGGACUUGGCUUCCAUGAUCAACGCCGAGUACCUCGGCGGUGCCGCCGACGGCGCUGAGGCCCUGCCCGACCCUGGCUCGCCGGGCCCCCGGCUGCCCGCGGCGCAGGACCCUGCGGCCGAGGUGCCCCGCGGGGCCCGGGCCUUCCCCCUGCUCCUGCGGGACAGUGGAGAGGAGGCGCUGGAGGAGGAGGAGGAGGGCGCCGAGACUCCGGAGGAGGAGGAAGAGGACGACGACGACUACGACGACGACGACUACGAGGAAGAGGAGGAGGAGGACGACGACGACGAGGAGGAGGAGGCGGCGACAGAGCUCGGCCCGCGGAGCCGCGGCCGCUCAGCUUCGCAGCGGGGCCCCGACAGCCGCCCGCAGCCGGCCGAGUCCGUGCCGGACGGCGGCCCCGGGGACCAGCCGGAGUCCUCGGCCGCCCUGCAACUCAUCCGAGCCAAGAAGAAGCCUCCAGUGAAGUAUGAAGUUGGGGAUCUUGUUUGGGCCAAGUUCAACAGACGCCCAUGGUGGCCAUGCACAAUUUGUCAUGACCCAGUGCUGGACUGUCACUCAAAAAUGAAAGUUUCCGGUGGGAGACCAUACCGAGAGUAUUAUGUGGAUGCCUUAGGAGAACCUUCAGAGAAAACCUGGGUUCCUGGGAAAGCUGUUGUCCUCUUUGAAGGGAGACAUCAGUUUGAAGAGCUGCCUGUUCUCCGGAAAAGAGGAAAGCAGAAGGAAAAAGGAUACAAACACAAGGUUCCUCAGAGAUUUAGGGCUAAAUGGGAAGUCAGUGUUGGACAGGCAGAAGACAUUCUUCUCGGGGGGCCAGAGGAUCAGAAGUGCAGCCAGAACUCGAGCGAGCCGGACAGCGAGAAGGACGUGCAGCUGGAAUACUACAGCAAUGGCCCUGGAGCAGAAAGGGACACGCAACUGAACGGCUGCUUAAAAUCCUUGGCUUUUGACUCCAGACACGUGGCCAGUGAAAAAGGAAAAUUGCACAUCAAGCCACAGGUGAAAACAACCUCUGAAAGCAGAAAAAGGACUAGAGUAAAAAAGAGUGGUGCAAGAGGGGAAGCACCGAGGGAAGAAAGCAAAGACAAAACACCAGAGAGCGUAGUUAGAAACGUGAUUGUUGGGGACCUGCCAGAGAAACAUGCGUCUCACGAGCUUCGCAGGAUUGCCAACAGCCUGACAGCAGCCAGUAGCACCAGGGAAAACCAUUUGCUGUCCUCCUUUGGAGAAAGACGCUUUGAAAAGACUCCUCUAAAACCAGACUAUGAGAAUCGUAAAAGUGACGCUCUGAAAAGCACCCUCCAAGGAGAUUUGUUUUCCAGCCCGUCUUUUGAGAGAGAGAAGAGCUCCCUGGGCAUUUUGUGCAGUUCCAAGUUACAAAUACACUAUUCUGCAUCUGAUGGUGGUGUUGAGAAAAAACAAACUGAAUCAGAUUCAUCCUCUUCCCUUUCUGAUGGUGGGAACAGUGAUGUAGAUACCAUGGACCAAAGUUCAGAGAGAGCCUCUAGUGCUCUUGAAGUUAGUGAUUCUUCAGAUAAAGUGGAGAAGGACUUUGCUAUGACAUCAAGUGGAAACAUUAAACUUUCCAUGUAUCUUUCUCAGAAGAGCAGCAGAAGGGCCAGGAAGAAGUCGCACAGAGAUCGCAAAGCUCUGGGAGGUUCAGUAACCAACAGACUUGAUGCUGAAUUUGUGGAUGGGGAGCUUGAAGUAGGUUUGUCUGAUGCUGAGAUGUCAUUGACACCUCUCGAGUGCUCUUCAGAUGUGAGAAAUUACAAUCUUUCCCUAGCAAAUAAGCACACUACCCCCCAAAGUGUUUCCAAGGAGGGCUCCUGGCCUGCUGUUACAAAUCAAGCAAUCUUGAAAGCAAAAAGCAUGAAAUUACCUGGAAGCAGAAGUAUAAAAUGUAAACAUAAAGAAAAGGUUGCUGGGUUGGAGCCUUCUCUUGCAGAAGAGGAGGGUGCUGUGAAUCACUGUUCUUCAGAUACCAAAGGUUUCUCUGGCCUUUCAAGAGAUUCUCUUCAGAGAAGUGGAAAAGUUGAUGGUCAGAAACUGUUAAACAACAUGCAUGAGAAACCCAGGGAUUCUGCUGAAAUCGAAACAGCCGUGGUGAAGCACGUUCUGUCAGAGCUGAAGGAACUGUCCUAUCGGUCCAUGAAUGAUGAUGCCAGUGACUCUGGCACUCCAAAGGCCACAGUACCUUUGCUUUUCUCCUCUGCUUCUGGUCAUGGUCGUUUGCCCAUUGAACCAGAUUACAAAUUCAGCACCUUGUUAAUGAUGUUGAAGGAUAUGCAUGACAGUAAGACAAAAGAGCAGCAACUGAUGACUGGUCAAAAUAUAGUCCCAUUUCGAAAUACCAGCACAGGUGAUGGUUCUGGAAGCAAUUCUGCAAGUGGUCUCAAGUCUUUGUCUAUUGUAGGUCCCCCAUAUAAAAUAGAAAAAAAUGGAGAUUGUGUCCAGGAAACCGUAACUCCAAACUCUGCUAUAAGCAACUCCUCAUUUUCACGUGGUCCUCCAACCAAGUUGACAGGGAUUGGUACUGGUAAAAGGGAGCCUGCGAGUGCUGCUGUUUCUGGGACAAACGGCACAAAUUGCAUGUCCAAACGCAACUGUUCAAAAUCUAAGCAGUCAUCAAAGCUUGGAGAUAAAACAGUUUCAAACAGAAAGGACUUAAAACCAGGAGGGCCAAGUAAGUUGCUAAGUCGGUUACCCAGAGAUUCAGGAGAACAUGCAUUCCGUGGGCACAGUUCGGUUACCAGACCUCUAGGGAAUGAGGCAGAAGAUACUGAGAGGAAGGAGUGUAUUGAUUUAACAGAGCAUUCAACUGAUGAAGACUCUGCCUGUUUAUCUGAUGACAAUUUAGGUCGUAUUGGAAGGAGACCUGAAGCUGGUAGAAAUAAUGAGAGCUGCAAUUCUGCUGAAAAUGGGGAGAGUCCAGACUUGGAUUCAGAGGCAAAUAGUGAGAGCUCUCUUGGUGAUGAGUCUAAUGAUACCAAUCACGUAGCACCCAAAAAGCGAUGGCAGCGUUUUAACCAAAGCAGUGCUAGAUCUAAUAAGCACACCAGUAGAUCUAGGGAACAAGGAAACUUGGAGAGUGCCUUUGGCCUGAAUUCUCGUGGCUUUUCACUGAAGGGAAAUGAGUGCUUGGGACGUAGGCAUUCCCCUCAUUCAAAGGUGCUUGAGGGAGACUUGGCAGUUCAGGACUUUGAGAAUCGUUUAGACUUAGUUGAUAAACGUUUGAAUGUAUGUGGUAAGCCAAACACCAGUGUGAUGGACUCAGAAACAGAGCUUGGCAACUUUGCUCCCCAGUCUGAAUUCUCUGCACAAGCACAUUCAGAGAGGAAACGCCUUAGAAAGCCAAGUAAACGGCUUCUGGAAUAUGCAGAAGAAUAUGAUCACUUGUUUGCACCCAAGAAAAAAUCAAAGAAGGGCCAGGAGCAAUCACAAAAGGUGAAUUCUGUGGCGAGGUCUGAAUGUGAAGGAGGCGUUCCUGCACAAUGCAGUCCUGACAGAGAGACCCAGCGGGGGCCAAGUUCUUUGGUUUCAACUCCAUCUUCAACCAAAGAGUCCCCUCCCGUCCUUGAAGCAGAGUGUUCCUUCUCAGAACUAGGAUCCCACUCCACUGAUCCCCCUAGUCAAGCUCAAGGAGGAUCUUCAGAUUUUCCAGAGGUGGUGGUUCUGUCUUCCUCGGAUGUUUCUGAAGUUUCUGCUUCUCCAGAUGCAGAAGAGGGAUUCCUGAAAUCAGGAAACUUCGAAAGCAAGCGUCAAAGGAAGCCCACUAAAAAGCUCUUGGAAUCCAAUGACUUGGACACUGCCUUUAUGCCAAAGAAGGAGGAAUGGACUCCCCAAAAGAAGGGUACUGGCCCUUCAGAGAGUGACAGCUCUGAGCUCUACUCACCAGGCCACUUCCAGGACACGGGAGAAGCUUCUGAAAAGCUCUUGGAGAAGCAGCGAAAGCGGAAGAGGCAGCGCCAUACCUCUGCUGCAGUCCAUUCCAAGAAGGAGAAAAAUGAGGAGGGGCUGGGGGAGACCCCACACUCUGAGGGCUCACUCCUUGCUCAGAGAGUGGUUAUGCACAGAAAGGGGGAAACAUCGGUUCAUGGGACUGCUGCAAGCCCCAAAGAGGGUCAUGAGGAGGGGUCAGAGAAUGACCAUGGAGUGCCUUCGUCCAAAAAGAUACAGGGGGAGCGUGGAGGAGGAGCAGCUCUCAAGGAGAAUGUGUGUCAGAUCUGUGAGAAGCCAGGGGAGUUGUUGCUGUGUGAGGCGCAGUGCUGUGGUGCUUUCCACCUGCAGUGCCUUGGGCUCUCCGAGAUGCCAAAGGGCAAAUUCAUCUGCAAUGAGUGUUCCACAGGGGUCCACACCUGCUUUGUGUGCAAGAGCUGCGGGGAGGAUGUGAAGCGGUGCUUGCUGCCCCUCUGUGGGAAGUAUUACCACGAAGCCUGCAUCCAGAAAUACCCGCCCACAGUCAUGCAGAACAAGGGCUUCCGCUGCUCCCUGCACAUCUGCAUGACCUGCCAUGCUGCUAACCCAGCAAACAUCUCUGCCUCUAAAGGUCGCCUGAUGCGCUGCGUGCGGUGUCCGGUCGCGUAUCACUCCAACGACUUCUGCCUGGCCGCCGGCUCCGUGGUCCUGGCCUCCAACAGCAUCAUCUGCCCCAACCACUUCACUGCCCGCCGGGGCUGCCGCAACCACGAGCACGUCAACGUCAGCUGGUGCUUUGUCUGCUCGGAAGGGGGCAGCCUUUUAUGCUGCGAGUCGUGCCCGGCUGCGUUUCACCGUGAGUGUCUAAACAUUGAGAUGCCAGAGGGAAGCUGGUAUUGUAAUGAUUGCAAGGCAGGCAAAAAGCCACACUACAAAGAAGUAGUCUGGGUGAAAGUUGGGCGCUACAGGUGGUGGCCAGCUGAGAUUUGCCAUCCUAGGACAAUUCCUGUCAACAUCCAAAAAAUGAAACAUGACAUUGGCGAGUUCCCUGUGCUGUUCUUUGGCUCCAAGGACUACCUGUGGACCCACCAGGCUCGUGUGUUCCCUUACAUGGAAGGUGAUGUCAGCAGCAAAGACAAGAUGGGGAAAGGCGUGGAUGGCAUUUACAAAAAAGCUCUUCAGGAAGCUGCUGUGAGAUUUGAAGAAUUGAAAGCACAGAAAGAACUGAGACAACUUCAGGAAGACAAAAAGAAUGACAAGAAACCUCCUCCCUACAAACACAUCAAGGUGAACCGGCCCGUGGGGAAGGUGCAGAUCUUCACUGCAGACCUGUCCGAGAUCCCGCGCUGCAACUGCAAACCCACGGACGAGAACCCCUGCGGCCUGGACUCGGAGUGCAUCAACCGCAUGCUGCUCUACGAGUGCCACCCCCUGGUGUGCCCUGCGGGGGAGCGCUGCCAGAACCAGUGCUUCUCCAAGCGCCAGUACCCCGAGGUGCAGAUCUUCCGCACGCUGGCACGAGGCUGGGGCCUGCAGGCCAAAACAGACAUCAGGAAGGGUGAAUUUGUUAAUGAGUAUGUUGGGGAGCUAAUUGAUGAGGAGGAGUGCCGAGCCCGAAUCCGCUAUGCUCAGGAGCACGACAUCACCAAUUUCUACAUGCUGACACUGGAUAAGGAUCGAAUCAUUGAUGCUGGGCCAAAGGGUAACUAUGCUCGGUUCAUGAACCACUGCUGCCAGCCCAACUGUGAGACUCAGAAAUGGUGUGUGAAUGGUGACACUCGGGUCGGGCUCUUCGCACUUGUAAAUAUCAAAGCUGGGACUGAGCUGACUUUCAACUACAAUCUGGAGUGUUUGGGAAAUGGAAAGACCGUUUGUAAAUGUGGUGCCCCAAACUGCAGUGGCUUCCUAGGAGUAAGGCCGAAGAGCCAGCCCAGCCUGAGCGAAGAGAAGUCCAAGAAGCUCAAGAGGCGGCCGCAGAUGAAGCGCAGGUCGCAGGCGGAGGUGAUGAAGGAGCGGGAGGACGAGUGCUUCAGCUGUGGGGAUGGAGGCCAGCUGGUCUCCUGUAAGAAGUCAGGCUGCCCCAAGGUGUACCAUGCUGACUGCCUCAACCUGACCAAGAGACCUGCAGGAAAGUGGGAGUGCCCGUGGCAUCAGUGUGACGUGUGUGGCAAGGAAGCAGCUUCGUUCUGCGAGAUGUGCCCCAGGUCCUUCUGCAAGCAGCACCGGGAAGGAAUGCUCUUCAUCUCCAAGCUGGAUGGACGAUUAUGCUGCACAGAGCAUGAUCCCUGUGGGCCUCACCCUCUAGAGCCAGGAGAAAUUCGUGAGUAUGCACCUCCCAUAGAAGGCCUGACUAACGGCGAGGACACCCAGCCGCCAGAGCAGGUGCCUGCAGAAACAGAGGCAGACACAGACCUGAGUGUUCAGCCCCUGGACAGCCUACCUCAGUCUGUGGCCCUCAGACUGCAGUCACCAGAAAAGCCCCCUGCUACCCUAGCUCUGAGGCUGCCUUCUUCAGACAAGCCCCCCACCACCCUUGCCCUGAGGUUGCAGCCAUCAAACAAGCCCCCCACCACCCUGGCCCUCAGGCUACCUUCACCAGACAAACCACCUGCCACCCUGGCUCUGAGACUGCCACCGUCAAAUAAACCCCCCGCCACUCUGUCACUGAGGCUGAAGCCAUCCAACAAACCCUCCACCACCCUGUCACUACGGCUUCAGCCUUCGGACAAACCUCCCACCACCCUGUCGCUCCGCCUGCAGCCAUCAGACAAGCCCCAGGCUGCCCUGUCCCUGAGGCUGCAGUCAGAGAAGCAGCCCAUCAUCGUAGCACUGCGGCCUCAGCAGCCCGACAAACCUCCCAGCAACGCGGUGCUCUGGCCGCUGGACGAGUCCUCCAGUGACGCCUCGCAGCCUCAGCUGCCGAGCAAAUCUCCUCCAGGAUCACCUCAGUCCCCGCUGGAUGAGUCACUUGUCACUGCUGCUGACCUGCAGCUCCAGCUGGCAGAUGAGACUCCUGAUGCCCCCGAGGUUUUGGAGUUAUCGGACAAGUCCCUCAUUGACAGCAGGGCGCAGCAGCCCGAGCUGCUGGAUGAGUUCCCUGUGAAAUGCCUGCCUCCUCCACUGUCUGACAGACUCCUGGCCACCGUGGGGAUGCUGCAGUCCCAGGCAGGGGAUGAGCCCUCUGAGGCCGAUCAGCUCCAGCCCCUGGACAACUCCUUUGCCCAGAGUCCGCAGCCACAGGCUGUGCAAGAGGCUUCCAGCUCUGGGGUGCUGCAGGUCCCAGAAUUGGAGAUGGCUUCCAGUCCUGAGGUGCUGUGGUCUGUUUCUGUUGAAAAAGUCCCAGACUCCCCAGUCUCACGGAUCCUGCCCUCAGAGAAGGCUCCUGGAUCAGCAGUACCACAAUCCCCACCUCUAGAAAAGGCUUCCUUCUCUGGGGCAGUGCGGGUCCCAGACACAGAGAAGUCUCCCAGCUCUGGGUCACCCUGUCCCCUGCCUCCAGAGAAGGCUGCUGAUUCGGGUGUGCCUCAGAUCCUGCCCACAGAGAAGGCUCCCAGCUCAGGGUUGCCAUGGCCCCUGUCUCUGGAGAAGGCUGCUGGCUCCCGGUCACCGCACGUCCUGCCCACGGAGAGGGGCCUCAGCUCAGGGGCCCUUCAGAUCCCGCUCACACAGAAGUCUGUCUCCCCCGGGGUGCUGCGACCCCUUCCUGCAGAGAAGGCCGCUGACUCCGGGGCCCUGCGGGUUCCUCCUUUGGAAAAGGCUCUCAGCUCUGGGGUGUCUCGGCCUCAGCUCUUGGAGAGGCCUCUCACUCUUACAGCCCCGUGGCCUCAGGCAUCAGAUAAGCUGGCUCCUGCUGUGGCUCCUCGGCCUCAGGCCUCGGACAAGCCUCUGGCUGCAUCAGCUCCGAGGCUGUUGCUGUCGGAGAAGGCGCUGCGUCCCGUCGACCAGAACGCUCAGCUGAAGGAGAGGGGAGCCCCAGCCAUGGAGAUGAGUCCCCAGCAGAAAGAGAGGACCAUGUUAGCUGGGGAGCAAAUCUCUUGGUCUGCUGGGAAGGUGGUGACACAGGUUGGACAAGUACCUUGGCCUACAGAGAAACUACAGACGCACGAGCAAAGCCACUGGUCCACCACGAAAACGCUGACACCUGCGGAGCAGCCUUCCCGGACAGCAGAGAAACUACCAGAGCCAACCCUUCAGCCCAGCUGGGAAGUGGCCUCAGCCCCCUCGGAGCAGAGCCCGUGGACAUCAGAGAGAUUGUGUGCAUUCGAGCAGACCCCUCGGCCAGCCAGGGAAGCGCCGGUGCCCCCGGAGCAGAUGCAGUGGCUUGUCACGAACGUUCAGACAAUUGAUCAGAUUGCUUGGCUGAGUGGAAAAGCACAGACUCCUCGGGGGCAGGACCCUUUGCCUGAACAAAACACAGCGCUAGCCUGUAACCAGGAUUCUGUCUGUCAUGAGUUGGCUGACUCAGAGCCAAAGUGAGGUUGGUGAAUAUGGGAGGCAGGUUUCAGUCGUCUAAUGUUUAGGGAGGGGGAAUCUUUAUUUUGUUUUUUUUAUUCACUUCCCUGAGCCCGGCCCCUAACCCAUGCACAUCCCAUCCAUAUUCUCUUGUGACGUGAGCAAGGACAUUCUCUUAAAUCUGAGUCUGGCCCAGCCAAAGGGAGAGAGCAUCCAUGACCUUUUCCUCUUCCUUUUACAAAUGGUAAAGCUGAAAUAAAGACUCCACUCUGGGUAAAAAUCUCCAAUUCCAUUGAAAUGGUCACAUUACUGAUCCAGCGUGUUCAAGCUCCAGGUUUGAUUCAUAGGUGGGUUCCUAGGCACAGCCAGGGCCUUGCUCUUGUUACUGCAUUUAAAGAAAAUGGAUCAGUCAGGCUGCCCUGGCACUGGAGAUGUUUCAGGGAUCAUGUGGUGAGCAGUCAGGUGUGUGUCCUUGCCAGAGUCCAGAAGCAGGGAAGAGAUUUUAUGUCACCUGCCCAGGUCUCUGUCCCUGCAGGGCGUUGCUUUACGAGGUUUGUCCGUGUGUUUACUGGGACAUCUGUGUGUGUGGUUUGCUCAAGGACAGGGAUCAUCUCCAGUGAGAUGGGAGAGGAGCUCCUUCACUCGCUCAGUGCAGUUUUCUCCAGCAAUAGGCAGUAUCCAUUCAGGCUCCUUUUUUACAGAGCUGCGAUUGGCCAGGCCCAAGAAGUGAGAAAUCUGGAGGAAGUCAGGGAAAAGAGAGAUCUUGGAAGAAGUCAUCUGGGAGUUUUUCAUUCUUGUGUCUUAAUCCUUUAGCACAGGACACGUGGAGUGUUUUCCUGCACUUGACGACGUAGUGACCCAUAAAGCAGCAAUAGUGGAGCAGAGUGGGUUCCUGGAGGUGCUGAGCACUGCCCUGCCAGGGGGACUGUGCUCCCUUUCAAAUUUCCAUCCAGUCUCUUCUAGACGUGUGUUGUCAGCGUGAGCCAGCGGACUGAGCAGUCCUUUCUCCCUUUGCCUCAGAUGUGUUCAGAACGCGUUCCCAUCACACCUGGUGUUGCCAGCAGCAAGCCAAGCCUGUCCCGCUCACUGCACAGAGGCAAGGGUGCCCUAGCUGGAUCGGGACCCAUCUCAACACCUUCCCCUUGUGUAGCUUCUGGCUUAACUCUUCUACAACCAAAGGAGACUUGAAUUAACUGGACUGUGUUGGUGUGCAUGUGUGUGUGCGCGUGUGCGUCCAUCCAACUGAAUUGUAGUUCUCACACUGGAACACGUUGGGCUCCAGCAGCUGCCUGGCUUUCUUUUUUUCUCUUCUCCCUUUUACAGUGAAGGCGAUGUUUAGUACCUGGUGGUCAUCGGGCUGCUGUCCAGACUAGGCCUGCUGAAAGCCGCUCACUCAAGCGUUGAGGCAGAAGUUGGUGUGGCUGUGGUGCUCGUGGGGCAGGCAGUAGAGUCCCAGGGACCUGCAGCAUCUCGUGACCACUGGCACCCUCGCAGGCAGGAGGAGGACAGACCUCCUUUGGUGGUACUGCCUGGCCUGGAUAGGGUUGGUGUCCUGCCGAGGAAACGCUGCUGACCAGCUUUUUCCCACUCUCACAACACAUUACCUCUGUAAUUACCUGAGCUCCACCGAUCUGGGGCUGCAGCCUCGGAUCUCCGUGCCGCCGCCAGACCCUUGCGCAGCUCCAGUGUGUGUAUCCUUCUCCUUCUCCUUCUUCCAGGCAGAUCCACAGCCCCUCCCCAGGAAGGGAGAGUCCAGCCCCAUGCUGACCUCCUUCCUCUAACAUGGGAGCAGGUCCUUGUUCUCACCUGGCUUGCAAGUGCCUGCUGCUCCCAGAGCAGACAGUCAUGAGCUUUGCAGUUUUCUAUGAAGGGAGGCAGACACCUGUACCAAGACAAAUCCUGAUCCGUUCUCCUUUCCUGAUGUGUGCACCCUGAGACAACGUCCUGCUGUAAAGGCCGGGUGUGCUGGGCACAAGGGGACAUUACCAGUGCUAUCUCUUCUCUAGUCCGAAUCAUUUCAGAUCCUUUGUAGAAUAGCUGACAGCUUGGAAAAGCUUUAUGGCUUAUGGAAACUUACUUGUUAAUGUUGGUUUUUUUUUUUUUUCCGGGAAGACUGGCAGGUCAGUUCCUGCUUGCUGCUGAAACUAGGGAAAUGCAAGCAGCUUGCAUUUCUGUGUGACUCCUCCACAAAGGGAAUCAGGACAACUCAGAUCCAUUGAGAGAGAAGAUUACCUUAAGGGCAUUCAUUAAGGUUUUUGAAUGAAAUUUUUAAAAAAAUUAUGGCGUUCAGUAUAUUAAGUAUUUAUCAUGUGUGAGAAGGAAAAUAAAUCUUGAAUUUACAUUUAUAAACCUUCCCAUGAGCUGGACUUAGUCAUGUAGAUUGUGUAAGUAGGGCUUCCUCAGUGCCAGCACCCAGCUAGCUCCCACUGUAACCAGAGAGGUCUCUGCACUGCUCUGUCCACCUCUGCUUCGCAUUGUCACGUGUUAACUAGUUACUUGUUUUAUGAAAAAAUAAACUGUGAAUAUUUUUGGUGCAGGCUUUUUUAAAUCUGUAAAAUGGAGAAGUUCUCAGUGAAUUCUCACAAGAGCAGGUUUGAAAAAAUCACUUCUGUAAAUCGCGGGCUCACGUGGCAGGGUGAGGCUCACGGCAGCGGCCGCCUUUCAUGCCAGCAGGUGCUUACCCAAAAGCUUGUUUGGAGCAGUGAACGUGGAUUAAACCUUUGCAUGGCAUUUUCCACAGCCUACUUUGUUGCAGCUACUGUACCCUGUCUCUCUUCUUGUCUCCCUUUUCCACAAGGAUCCAGGUUUCUGGCUUCUUAUCUUGCAGCUGCUCUUGGGAAGUUGAGUUCAGCUUAGCUGGGAGGCUGCUUGGCAGAACUGGUGUUGAGGAACUUCAUUGAAGGAGGAAGCCAGGACGCUGCUCUUCCCUCUUUGCUCUCGCUGGAGCCUUGGGUGAUGCUCUGUCAGAUCAGAAGGGCUUUUCAGAGGGAGUAGUGGUGCUUUUGGGAGUCUCUGGGCUUUUCUGGGUCGUGUAGACAAGGCUUGACCAGCUGUAGAGAGAGGUCCCAGCAGCCCUGCCCUUGUCCAGCCUGCCCUCAUCAGGGAGCAUGAGCUGGGGAACAGCUUCAGGCAGCAAAACCCUUGUGAAGGAAAUGUGGGCAUCUUCUGUACUCAAGGUGACUCACUGUGGUGGCAGCUGGCAGCACUGCCUUGGAGGAGGAGAGGGAUGUGUCUGUGUUGAAGCAAUUGGGUUUGUUUGCUGCCAUUUGUUGCUGCCUUCAGAAUUCAGCCAGUUUGAAUCAAGAGAGAUUUUAAAAGUAGAGGGUAGAGGCAAAGUAACUUAUACCCCUGGCAGACUCUGUGGGAGACGCUGCUGCAGCCUCCUGCUGGGCCCAGACCUGUGCAACAGCUCCAUGCCAAGGCUGUGAUGCUCUCUUGCUGUGUUGGAGGGAUCCAGUCACCUGGUCACUUAGUCCUGGGUCAGCCCUAAUUGCACCCCAGGUGGGUGAGAGGUGACUCCUGUGUUGAUUCACUGCUGUGGAGCACUGUAGAGGGAGAAUCAAGGGUGUCAUUAUCUCUGUCUCUUCCCUGGUGUCCCACGAUGGCUCACAGGAAUUUUCCAGACUCAUUCCUGGUAGGAGUAGCUCACUCUUCCCAUUUCUGAAGGGGAUGCAGGCUCUGCUCCUGUGUGAACGCUUUGCUGGUCAACAUCCCUGCUGCCCCUGCUCAGAGCAGUGGGCUGGGGUCAGCAGUGGGCUGUGGCCUCCACCCCACUGGAGGACCCACUUUAGUGGCAGGAGAGUCCCAGGUGCCCUUUGUGACAGAGGCGCUCUAAUGAGGGGUAACAGCAAGGUCAGGGCCUUGUGCCCUGUCGGGAUGAGGGUUACAGAAGAGGAGCCAGCACAGGACGUGUGGGAUGUGUGGGCAGGAUGAGGGGAGCAGGCACAGGCCACUCUUCUGUGUGGCUUGUCCCAUCUUUCCCAGUGCCCACUGUCAGCCAGGGCUCGGGUGAAUCUAGCAGGAGAGUUGUCACUGUAGGAAUAAUCAACUCACCUACUGCGCGUCUCCAGAUGCAAAUUAACUCAUGGUAGCUUGCUUUAUUGCUGUUUUCCAGUUAAACUUUUCCUAUUUAACAAAAAAAAAAGCUCCACAGGAACCAGAGUCACUUCAAUACACAAAGCAUCUGGGUGGUACUGUGGGAGCACGUGUUAAUUCAGGGUUAAACCCCUGCAGGCAGAGGCUCUGAAGGUGUGGCUGGUGUUAAAGUUCGGGAGAUAAGAGAGAUGAUUGAAUGUAAAGGACAUUAAAGAACUAAGGUGAGACAGUGCAUCUGCUAGAAAAGCUUCAGCUUAGUUUCACAGAAAACAAAAACGGAAGAGAAAGAAAAAGCAGCCCUAACCUUGAUGCUCUCGGCAAUGUGUUCACCCCGAGCAUGCUCUGGGUGUGCCCAGCUCGUAUCUGGACACCACAGCCAGUGUUGUGACAGGGCAGGGGGAGUUUGAGAAACUUCAGACCUUCAACACCUUCUGUUUAUUUUUAAUUUCAGCCUUUACUUCUGAUUUUGCUUGAUGUUUGGAAUAACCAUAAUUGUAACCUGCUUGUAAUGUGCUUUGCCCUAAAUUACUGAUGAGGCUUUUGGCCUUUGCUAGCCAGUGAGUGUUAAAGCAAAGUGGCAAAUCGUGCAGCUACUCUGAAAGUAUGGGGGGAUGCUGUGUUUGAUCUCCCAGGCUUUGCCCGUGCUAAUUACCCACCCUCCUGUGAUAGUGAUAACGCUGGUAGCAGCAUUUGCAGCCAAGGCUGCUCCUCCUGCAGCAGCACAGCUGGGCUGAUGGGUGCUUGGGGCUCCCAGGGCCUGGGACACAGGACACUGGAGCUUGGGGACUGCUCUGCCACAUGCCUGGCUUCAGCAGGAGUCUCACCUGUGGGGUGGCAGUGCCCUUGCUUAGCAGGAGAUGGGAGGAUGCAAGAUUCCUGCUCCAGGUCCUACAAAAGUGAUGUAAGCAAAGUUUGGUGCCAGGGGAACAGGGCAGAUUGUGUGAGCUUGGGCUGGAGGAGCAGCAGUGAUGGACAGUCCCUACAGCAUUGAAUCUACCUCCUAGGGAAAUCUGAGAAAUGGGUGUUGCUAUGGCCUAUUUCAAGGUAAAGUUUUAAUCAUGUUUGCCCUUGGCAAAGCCCUUGGGCUGUUGUGGUGCUAUUGUAAACCGUUGGCAGCUUAGCACAGUAGGGCUGGACUCACGCUCCUGGCCCACGGGCUGGGGCUUCUUGGCCAGCUGAUCCCAUCCCCUUGGAGCUGGGGCCAGGCUUCAGCACGUGUGACUGAAACAGGACAAGGAGUGACUCGGUUCCUUCAGUUUAUGGUGGUUUUGAGACUAAACCAGUGUGCCACUGAGCCCCGUGGGGAGCCUGUGGAGCCACGUGAAGCAAGCAGGCAUCCGCUACUGCAUGUUCUUCGUGUCCGUUUGGUACUGAGCUGGUUUCAGUUUUUGUUUCUUUUUCUGAUGUUUCCGAGUUGUUGACUUCAAGGAACUGGGUUUUGUGUAUUUUUUGUAGACACUGGGAACUUGUUAAAAGGAAAAGCAGCAAGCACGGGGAGGCUCAAGGUGGAGCGUGGCUGGAGCUGAGGGUGGCCCCAGCUGGUGUGGGUGGGAGGUGGGUGAGAUGUGUUGGCAGCAGGGGGGCAGGCAGGGAGUGGCUCUCCCUGCGAGGGGCCAUGGAAGCCUUUCAGCAGUGGCGCUCCCAGCCCUGCACAUCCGUGUGCUGAGCUCACUGCCCCACCAACCUGCUCACCCCCAAGACACAGACCGUGCUGGGCACCGUGCCUCGCUGGUAAUGUCCCCUGCCACCCUCCAGCACUGUGUGCUCACAGCUGGGGACCUGGCUGCCAGCUAGCUGAGAGCCCUGGGGAGGGGGGCAGCCCACUGCCCCUUCCUCACUGCCCGGGGACAUGGGGGGCCACUCAUGGCAGCAGCAAAAGUUGUGCUGGAGCCAUGAGAGGUUUGCUUGUGGGAAGAACCUCGGUGUGAGCAGCCCCAUGCUGCCUUCCUUCCCCUCUGAGGUCUGCUGCCCACGAGGUGGUGGUGAAUGGGAGUCCCCCAGAGGGUCCUGUUCUGCAGACUCAGGCAGAGGGAAGCACAUCAGGAGUCAAGGAUCCCAGCCAAGGCAGAGGCCAGCGCCAGAGCACUGCAGGGGGGACAAAGGGGUGCUCAGCCCUGGCCAGGAGUCGUCUGUCAGUUGUAAGAAGGAAUGCCAGAGCAGGUGAGAGUAAACUACAUAUUUCCAGCAUGUAUAUUAUUUUUAGAAGAGGGAGAGGGGAGAGUCUUGGACCAUUGAUUACUUUCAUUUUGCUCCCCUUAGACUGUUGGCUGUGUAUGUGAAACUUAUCAUGAAAAGAGGGUUGCCCUGCCCAGGUGCUCCCAGAACAUGUACUGUAAUUCUUUGUAUAUAGAAGAAAAAUUACUGUAAAGUAAAGUUUAACUUUACUCUCGA